ACGGGAGCGGGAGGCAGGAUCCGCCGCCGCAGACCUGUGGCAGGACUAGCAUGGGAGAAGCCUUCCCCAGGCAUGGGCAGCACUAAGGAGACGAAGGGGCUGCAGCUGCUGAGCCACCAGGCCAGGGCUGAGGACACCUGUGAGCCUGGCACCAGUUCCCCAGGCUGCCUGCCGGUGGAUGAGUGCCUGCCUGGCUCUGGCUGUGCCGCAGAGGACCGCGCCAUGAGGACCUGCUGUGCUGUUCAGCCAGAGGCUCAGGGCACUGGGGCUGGCCCAGUGGUGGAGAAGAAGGUGCCAUCGCCGACAGGACCAGCUCCUGGCACACUUCUCCCGGAUGCCAACGAACAGCCAAGCGUGGCAGCAGCAACAGGGAGCUGCGGGGGACCAAGCAGUGCUGUCCCUGCCUGUGGUCCCAUGGGGAUGGGGGGUCCCAGUACCCAGAAGGAGAACAUAACCCCCAUUGCUCCCAUACCUGAGCCCUGCCUCAAAGCACCCAGCAAGGAUGUGGGGAGCAUGCCGGCCCCUGCCAAACAUGUGGCAUUUGUGGAGCCUGCUGUGGGUGCUGGAGCAGCUGAGCUGCCAAACCACGAGCAGCUCCAGAGUGACACAGGGACAUCCCUGGCUGCUGCAUCUCAGGCAGAGGGUGCUGAGGCUCUGAAGUACUCCCAGGGGGGCACAGCAGACAUCCCUGAUGCCAGCACUGUGGGGAGUGGGGGACAACGUGAGGCAGGGCUGAGCCCCGCUGUGCUGUGCCAGGGCAGAGCUGAGGGGAGCCCAGCGCAGGGUGCAGAUGCCGGGAGCAGCCAGCAGCCCCGGACAGCCAAGCUGCUCUGCGAGUCCUACUCCUUCGAGGUGACCCCACCACAGGAUGCCGGGACACAGGACAUGGGGACGCAAGUGGACAGCCGAGCAUCUCUGGUGUCAGUGGCCUUGAGCCCCAUGAGCCCCCCAGGUGGGGCUGCUGCCUUCACCUUCCCCAAGAGAGAGCUGGGCUCUGCUGCCCCGCCACACCUGGAGCCCUCCAGGAAGGAUGCAGAGAUGCAGGUGUCCAUGCCCGUGGAGACCCGCUCUGUGGCUACUGGGCCCAUGACACCAGUGGCCAAGUCCCCUCAGGCCUCGUACCCCGAGGUGCAUGUGAAAGGGACAGUGGAAGAGGAGGCUCCAGAAGCAAUCCAGGAGGUGAGCUGGGAUGAGAAGGGGAUGACAUGGCAGGUGUAUGGGGCCUCCAUGGAGAUGGAGGUGCUGGGCAUGGCCAUCCAGAAGCACCUGGAGAAGCAGAUCGAGGAGCAUGGGCGGCAGGUGGUGAUGACACUGCAGAGCACCCGCACCAGCUCUGUCAAGGGAGCCCCCCGCAAAGGCGAGGCCAAGAGGCAGCCCAGCAUCUUUCGGGCUCUGCUGCAAAACAUCCGGCGGCCCCGGUGCUGCUCCCGCGCCGGCCCUGCCAUGGAGUGAGUCAGAGCCUGCACUGGCACGGCAGGGGUGCCAUGGGGAGGGGUCCCUGCCUGCCCCAGCAUCCCAAGACACCUGCUGCUGGUGUGUGGAGCUCCUGGGACCAGGGUGGGUGGUGAUGGAGCACUGCACACUGGGGUAAGGCUUCUCCUUCGCCUGGGGUCCCCCUGCCAGCUUGGGGUCCCCCACCACCUGGCCCCAUGGAGAUGUCUUGGGACAUGAGAUGGGUGCCAUGUCUCUCUGUGCUUGGUGGCUUUUAGCAGGAAGCACCUGGCUCUUUCCAGCCAGUAGUGGCUGCUCCCAAGGCAUCUUCUGCCUGUGGUACAGGUCUGGUGAUGGCUCAGGGUGGGCACAGGCAGGUUGCUGCUGGCUGCCCUGAGCUCUGGUGUGGCUUGUGUCCUGAGCAGCAGCAUUGCUCCCCAUGCUGGAGAGAUGCUGAUGCAUCAUGGUGCUGCCACUUUGCCUGCCCAGGGCUCGGCCAAGCUCUGACCAGCCCAUGGUCGUGCAUGUGCAAGUGCCUGUGGCUGCCCGGGGUGGGAACAUUCAGCCCAGCCUGCCACAGCAUCUGUCCUCUCUUCCCCGCUACUGUGCCGUGAGUGCCCUGGAGCUGGGAGGACAUGGCCACACGGGGCACCAGGACAGAUCACAAACGGGAGAGACUGGGCCAACCAUGCCUGCAGUGGAGAGCUGCUUGUCCCUGUCACCGUGGCUGGAGGUGCUUGGGGAGUCUGUCCCCACAGCCCCCAGCCUCCCUGCUCAGGGACCUGCCCUGGGGACAGCCAUCAGAGUGCAGGGCACAUCCUCGCCACGGCUGGCAGUGGGGAUGGAGCCUGUGCAGCCUCCACAAUGCAGAGAGGCCCCGUGUGCCAGGGAUACAGGCGCGUGUCCCUGCACGGGUCCCUCCGGCCGCGCUGGCUGCUGUGCCCCUCGGCAGCGGGGGAUGCACCAGCUGCAAAGCGCUGCCACUUUUUACAGCUGGGGUUUUACAGGGAGGGGGGCUUUUGUUGAACAGUGUUUGCGGUUUUGGAGCUUUUAAAGAGACGCUUUCAGCCGUGUGCAUCCUGCCUGGAGCCACUUCUCCCGUGGCCUGGGGGGCCGUGACCCUCUUUUUCAGACACUUUUCCUGCGUUGGGCUGGAGAGCGUCAGGAGCGAAGGGGUCGGCGGGCAGGGGGGUGAGCAUCCCCGCAGCCGGGUGAGCAUCCCCGUUGCCAGCAGCACCGUGAGACCCGGGGCCUGGCCCCUCCAGCCUGGCCCCAUGCAAAGGACCGCCCCGCAAUGCCGCGGGGGGGCUGUGCCUGUGCCCAGUGCCUGAUGGGCAGGAGACUGCAAACUGUGAGUGCUUGGAGCUGCACCCUCCCCUCUGGGCAGAGAUGCAGGAGGGCUUGAGGUGCCAAGGGCAGCAGUGCAGCCACUUCCUCUCUUUAAGGGGCAAGUCUUGCCCCCCCAAACCCCUGUUGUAUAUCCUGGGCUUGCUUUGGCCUUGCAGGGUUGUCCCUUUUCCUGGGGGGGGCGGGGUGUGCAGCAAAGGGUUUGCUGAAGUGCCAGCCUGCAGCCACGGCUGUGGCCAGUGCCCCUCUGUGCCGUGGCACUCACCAGGAGACAACUCUUCCCUGUGCGUUGGGUUGUGGAAGCAGAACCACAGCCACGCAGGGGAGACCAGGAACCCUGGGGUAUCCCCCCCACCACCCUGCCCCAGGCUGUCCCCCACCUCCAGCCCCUCACUGCCAAGCUGCAGCACACCAGCGCUGUGGCUUCAUCACCUACUUUCUUCUUUUUUCUGUCUCAUUUAUUUUUUGGGGGGUGGGGGGAGGAAGAGGGUGGGAGGACCAACCUGUCA